AUGGGUUCCCGCUGUGCCAAGCUCAGCACGGGCCACAGCACAGGCCAUGGCACAGGCCACGGCACCGGCCAUGGCAAAAGCCACGAAUCCUCCAUGAAGAAGCUUGUGGCCUGUGUGAGUCAGGAUAACUUCUCCCUGUCGUCAGAGGGCGAGGAAGACGAGGAGGAGGAGGAGGAGGAAGAGGAGGAAGAGGAAGAGGAGGAAGAGGAGCUCCCAGUGCAGGGCAAGCUACUGCUGAUGGAGUCUGAGCAACAGGAAGAGGAGGCCGAAGAUAGCCCCGCAGCCCAGCAGAGCCCCGAACCCAAGAAGACACACUCCUGA